CGUGGACACAAGGCUUUAGAAAUUGAGCAGAGAAAAGCGCCAAAGCGGUUCGUCUUCACGUGCUUCUUGUAUUUCAUUCCAUUUGCGUCAGAUAUCUCUUUUGGGAUACACCCACGUGAGAAAGAGACAAUCAUGGAUAAACCAGUGGUUUUGGCGCGCGUCAUCAAGGUCCUGGGUCGCACUGGCUCGCAGGGGCAGUGCACCCAGGUGAAAGUAGAAUUUCUGGGUGAGCAAAAUCGGCAGAUCAUCAGGAAUGUGAAGGGACCGGUACGAGAAGGCGACCUCCUAACCUUGCUCGAGUCCGAGCGCGAAGCGAGAAGACUUCGAUAAUGUAUGGUUUUAUUAACGCCGAAAAAAAUGAACGGUUGCCAGCCGCUACUACUACCGGACUUCAACAGAUACGCAUUUCCUGAACUUGGAUUCCCCUACAUGUGGAUUAUGAAUCAAGGAUCAUAGAUCGGGGGUCGUCGACAACGGAUACCUGCCAUGUGCUUUGCGAGAGGAUGUUACCGAUCGCGGAACGGGAUCACAUUUUCUUGGAAACAUUCCUGACGUAUAAGAAUUUCACGCCUUUUACAAUAAAUCUCAGCUGGUAACCACA